GGUUAUUAUAAGAACUCUAUGCAGGAUGACGACGUUCGGCCUACCUCCGUGAUUUCUCCUCUUUCAACUUCCAACUGCGAGCAUGGAUUCUCCCCAAAACGAGAAGCCCUCUGCCGAGGGGGAUGAGCGUCUCCUGAACUUGUAUGGAAAGAUUCCAACCAGAGGAGACCUUCUCCAUCACCAGUUAGAGGGAAGAAAGUACUUCGAUUCCGGUGACUUUGCACUCUCACAGGCCCACAAAUGCUCCAACAUCGGCGCCGUAAAUACCGGCAGCGAACAUCCCUUCCGGAAGAGCAUAUCUCAUCCCUUAUCUCCCGUACCAACAUCCAGCAACGUCGACAAUGACGCUAACCAGCAACUGCAAGGCGAGAUGACAACUGGCGAGUCAAGAUCUGCUAGCAAUCUCAAUCAGGACAUGGUUCCUCAGGCUGGCAAUUCGCAGGGUAGGCCUGAAUAUGCGAAGCAGGAAAAAAGCGUCUAGAUGCUGGCGUCUGUGGCACAGCUAGCCAAUCCCCUGAGUGACCAGCGAUCACAGAAGCUGAACGAUGGACUAUGGACCAUGGGCGGUGGACUAAGGACCAUACUCUUAUCCUGGUACGGUGGCCUAAUACAUGGUGGUGUUGAUCCGGUAGAUAUAUGCGAACGAGAUAUUCGACAGUGUGACCUGCACAUGCCUCGCAAGGACGGGUACUAGGCCUGUCGAGAGAUACGACAGUGGGAGCGCGAGAACGGCUACCCGACGCUGCCCAUAAUUGCGCUGUCGGCUAAAAUAAUGUCGAUGUACAUGACAAGUGCUUGUCGGUCGGAUUCGGCGACUACGUGACGAAGCCGGUGGAUUUCAUCAAUCUCAGCAAAACCAAGUUUAGGUUCUCUGAGGGGAGCGCGCCCGCAACGGGAAUUGAUUGGUGAAAAAGACUCUCGAUGCCACUGGUCGCAAAUCCUCAUUCCGGGCGAGCUGAAGAGCAAUCCA